AUGUCCGACGACGAAAUUGUUGCCGGUGCGCCGGGAGCCACAUCAAUAGACGCCCGAGGAAGCGAGGUCAAGCCAAAAUACCGAUCAUGGCGCAAGAAGUAUCGCAAGAUGAAGACACACUUUGACGAUGUCAUGAAGGAGAGCAACAGCCUGUUUGUCGACGAGCAGAAACUCGACGCCUUGUCCAAGAGGUUGCAGGAGCAGAAUGACCAACUGCUCGACCUCCUCCUCGACCUCAACACAUCCCUCUCAAUCCCGCACGAAUUGCGAUUCGAUCUCUCAAUGGCACCCAAGUCGCAACAACCAAAUGACGAACGCGAAAUGACUCUAGACAUGGCCAACAACAUCAUCGCCAACGCUCAUCGCGCCUUCCACAACCACGAGAUGCCGCACCAAGAUUACCUUCGCAUAAGACAAGACAUCGAAGUUCUGCUCGCUCGUAAAGAUGCAAAGAGUCUGGUGGAAAUGGAAGCUCAGAUCCCACACCCGCGAUAUCACCACCCCGUGUCAGCGCUCGCAGCCGAAGCAAAUCCCGCAUUCCUAACAUCGUCGCACGAAGAUGCCUACCUUACUCGCCUCGACAACAAGCUAGAACCCGCUGCCCUGAGCGAGCCACGUCCAGCCUCUCCUCAACCCCUCUCCAAGCUCACCCAGCGCGAACUCGACCGCGAAGUCGAAUUGCGAAACCCUCUAUCUGUUCACAACUGGCUCAAGAAACAUGGUACAAUCUCAGACAUCGAUGCUGCUUCUGAAGGCGGUACCGCAAGUGCCCAGACACCCGCUACGGCCAACAAGCGUCGCAAUCUUGCCAAGCAAGUUGGUGACAGAGCCAUCGAACGCGCUAGAGAAAAGGAGGGAAGCCCAGGAAGUACCGUGGACAAUGAGGAUGAGCUGGCUGGUGACGACACCCCAGGCAAGCCCAAAAAGGCUAGAGAUGACGACCAGACAUACAGACCAAAGGGCGGCCGUAGCAAGAGCAAGCGGAAGAGGGACGAAGGCGAGAAUACACCGGCUCGUGGCAAAAAACAGAGGACGAGUCUCAAUAUUCCUUCCGAUGCAUAG